UGAGCAUAUGGGAAGAACAACUUUUCAUUUCAGACAAGUUUAGACUGCGACACAUGACAUGGGAGCGACAUUUAUUAUUAUUGGUACUGCCAUAAUGGCGAUUUUUAUGGCUGGUUAUUUUGCACAACAUUACCUGCCUCCUCCCACACCAAAGAUUGUGGGAAUUGACCUGGGGACGACCUACUCGUGUGUAGGUGUUUACCAUGCAGUAACUGGUAAGGUGGAUAUUCUAGAAGUUCAGGACGGUCAUCAAUGUAUUCCCAGCGUAGUUGCCUUCACUGACAGAGGUGUUCUAGUUGGUUAUGAUGCAGUCGCUCAAGCUGAAAAUAACCCUAAAAAUACUAUUUAUGAUGCAAAGCGCUUCAUUGGCAAAGUAAUAACAGAAGAGGAGUUAUCACAAGCACAGCAACGUUACCCGUUUAAGAUUUUAUCUGACAGAACUGGUAUGGUACAGUUUGUUUUAUCCGUGAACAACACAGAGUUGCGUUUACGCCCAGAGGAGAUAGGGUCAGUGAUUAUUGACAAGCUAAAAUCUACAGCGGAGGCGAACCUUAGUGCUCCAGUAACAAAAGUGGUGAUGUCUGUCCCGGCUGAGUUCAAUACAUUACAGAGAAAUUACACAAGGAAAGCUGCAAGCUUGACUGGACUAGAGGUGUUCAGAGUGAUCAAUGAACCAACUGCAGCUGCCUUAGCAUAUGGUCUGCACACCAAGCCAAGCCUACAGAAUGUUAUGGUGGUAGAUCUAGGGGGAGGAACAUUGGAUGUGUCCCUCCUCAAUGUCCAAGGAGGGAUGUUCCUCACUCAGGCCAUGGCAGGUAACAACCAUCUGGGAGGACAGGACUUCAACUUGAGGUUGUUUAAUCAUAUACUUGACAGUAUAUCCUCCCAGUAUAACCGCCAGCUAACUCACCGUGAGGAUCUACAGAGUGUUCGACUCAGUGUGGAAAACAUCAAGAUUAGCCUGACCAGUCUAGAAAGCACUAAAGUGACCAUUCCUCUGAAAUCAUUCGGACAAGAUGUUGUUUAUACAGCAACUAUAACCAGAUCUGAAUUUGAGAAAUUAAAUCGGGAUUUAUUUGCUAAAAUUCUUGUUCCAAUUCAGACAGUUUUGAAAACUAUAGAACUUCCCAAAGAUGAGGUGGAUGAAAUAGUCCUGGUAGGAGGAUCCACUAGAAUACCAAAAGUACGAGAGCUUAUACGUGACUUUUUCAAUAAGGAUCCUAAUACAUCAGUCGAUCCAGAGUUAGCAGUAGCUAUGGGUGUUUCUGUUCAGGCUGGCAUUAUUGGAGGGAUGUGGCCCCUCACAGUCAGUGCCGUAGAGCUACCAACAGCCAUCAAAAAGAUUCAGAUAUCUUGAUAAAUGUCUCAUAUUUAAUACAGCUAUUAUUAGGUAUAUAUAUUUAUAAGAAUCAAGUCUUUCAGAAAAUGUGGGUCAUUUGAGAAGUAAGAGACAAUUCUGUCUGUCUGUCAAUUAGUAGUGUGUGUGAAAGAGAGACAAUGCAUUUUAAUAAUGUACUAAUGUGUGCAAAGUCUGGACAUUUUAGACUUUUCUGUUGUUACUGGUAUGUGAGAAGGGAAGACAAUUUAGACUCUUUUAAUUACAUUAUUUUAGCUGAGAAAGACAGACAAUUUAGAUUCUUGAUUACAUAAGUUUUAUUGGAGAAAGGGAGAAAAUUUGUAAUUCACAAUGAAA